AUGGUAACCUCUCUUUUUUACUCUCUCUCUUCUAUUUCCUUUACCUGUCAAACUGUCAGGCACAAUGUCCUGUGAGAGUCUGUGGAGAGACAGAGGCUUCCUAUAGUUUUAUCUGUCACAGUUUAUACAGGCUCUCUCAUGAGAUGACACAGAACCCCACCGCACACACACGCACACACACACACACACACACACACACACACACACACACACACACACACACACACACACACACACACACACACAUACACACACUCUCACUUGUUUGUCUGCCUGGUUGUCUGUGCCCUCCCAGGAAUGGAGACAGCGGCAUCGCUCUAUAAAAACAGUUGUGAGGAGUGUGUGCUUGUGUUUGCGUGUGUGCGCACAUUAGGUAGACAAAAUGAAAGCGAGAAAGAGAGAGAGAGAAAGAGAGGGGGAAGGAGGGAGAGAGAGGAGAGAGUGUGAGAGGGAGGUGGGUGGACACUACAGAGAUCCUAGAUGCUCUCUAUUCCACCCCUUCUCGUUUCUCUCCACCCCUCUCUCCCACUCCCUCCGUCAUUCCAUCAGGUCCUCACAAACACAGAAGUUCAGAGAGAAGACAGCUCCCGUACCAGAGAAGGAAAGAAACAAAGAAACGGAGAAAGAGAGAAAGAGUGAGGGGAGUAAAAAAAAUAAGUGGUAUUAACAGUGGAGGACAAGUUUUGGAGGAGAGGAGAGCGAAGGGAGAGAGGGGUGGUUUGGGUGGGGGGUGGGUGGGUUGCGUACAAGGCUGCUCCGUCUGUCUCCUCCAUCCCUUCGUCUCCGUCGCCGUGGGUUCACAGCUCUCCCUCUCCCUCCCCCCCUCCCUCGCUCCCUACCUCCCCCGCUCGCUGCUGGCGGGAGCCUCCGAGCUGCUGCGGCGAAGGUCGUCUCGGAUGGAGUCGCCGAGAGACGUAGGAGGAGAGACGAUGGAGCGUGGGGAGCGGCCAGAGCGGGCCGAGCCGCUGACCGAUGCCGAGCGGGAGAUCAUCCAGAACACCUGGGGACCCGUCUACGAGAACUGCGAGGACGUGGGGGUGUCGGUCCUCAUAAGGUAUGUGGUCAGGUGGGGGGGGUCCUCAUAGUAGUGGGGCUGUUGGUCUCCAUAGUGGUGGGGCUGGAGGUCCUCAUAAGACACAUAUAGGGCUGAUGGUCCUCAUUAAGUACGUGGGGCUUAGAGUCCUCAUAGUGUUGCGGCUGGUGGUCCCCAUAAGGUACGUGGAGUACCAGGGGGUCCUCAUAAGGUUUGUGUAGCAGGUGGGGCCUGAGGGCAUUGGGGUGGGGGGGGGGGGUCUACAAUUUUAGUGGAGUACAAUUUUAAAAUGACAUUCUCAUGUACAGCAUCUUAUCAGGCAUAGGAAAGUUUGGGCAAAAAGUCCUGAGUGGAGGGUGAUUUCCACUGAUGUUUACUGCACCUGAGCACUGCUGGAUGUGUGUUUUCCAUAGAUUCGUGCAGAUUGGAGGGGGCUCAUGCAUUUCUAUGAAAUCCCACAGCAGGCUCUGGAAAAGGCAGGGAGAUUGAGUCCACACUGAACAGAACACACACACACACAUAGACAAUUCUGUUCUCAUUCACUCACUUCUGUCCUCAUUAAAAAGCAAUUUCUCAGAAGCCCUCUUCGUUCUACAGACUAUUUUUGUAAGACGCUUUAAUUGAGGGACAGCACAUUUUUCUGCUUAAAUGUUCACCUGUCUGAGGCAGACAUUCCUGUUCUAGCUGUUCAGUUGAUGAAAAUAAAACAAAAAAAUUGGCAACACUUAUUUUACAUAUUUUACCUGUCACAGCUUUCAAAUUAAUGGAACAUCUUCACUUUAAAAUGGAACCUAAUCCACCAGUUUAGCAGGUAUCUUUCUGUGGCACCUUGCUGAUGGCUUUUUUUGCUUUAUUUAUUGGAAUUCAAAUAUUACAAGGUGUCUGUCACUUUGUUUAUGUUUGUUUGUUGGUCUUCAUACUGAGGCUAUGCAUCUGAAGAAAUAGUCGCUGUCUGACUUAGCUGGGAUGCAUUUGACUUUUGUCUCAGUGUUGUCUCAGUGUUGUCUCAGUGUUCCACAUGGAAUGCCAAGAGGGCUCAUUAAAACGGACAGCGUGGCGUUGCUAAGGCAGUGAUGUGCUCUGAUUUUGGGUCGGCGCGACAAGAUAGUCCCUUAGGGAGAGCUCUGAGGGCAGAGAGUGUGUAGAGUUGUAUGUGUGUGUGUGUGUGUGUGUGUGUGUGUGUGUGUGUGUGUGUGUGUGUGUGUGUGUGAGUGCGUACAUACGUGCAUGUGUGUUGCGUUCUUAUCUGUGGGUAACAGCAACAAGCUUUGGCACUUCACUGCCUCUCUCGACGCUCCCUCCCGUCUCUCUCUCAUUCUCCAUAUCUCUUCCUCUCUCCCUCACUUUCUUUCUCACUAUCCGUCUCCCUCCCAUUCUCUUUCUUUCUUUCUUUCUUUCUUUCUUUCUUUCUUUCUUUCUUUCUUUCUUUCUUUCUUUCUUUCUUUCUUUCUCUCUGUCCCUUGACAACAACAUCACAGGCUCUCUUGACAUGCCCAGGCUUGAAUGCUCUGCUGGGUCUGAUGAUCCUCCUCAGUGCAAAGCCUCUCAUCUGAACCUAUGUCACACUCCCUAACAUCCCUCUGAUUCAGGGAAGGGGAGACAUCACUGAACCCACUAAUUGGCCUGCUCCUAUUAACAAGCAGAUGGCCCGAGUAAGCAGGUCAUCUGUGUGGAUGGAUAAUGGUCUAAUAGCUAUCCUGAAAGCACAUUGAAGAGUGGAUGGAUACUGGGUCAAAGCCUUCCACGGUUCGGUUGACUUCUAUGGUUCGCCAUGUGAAUGCUUAGCUAUUUGCAUUUCUAUCCUUCUGCUUGGAUUGUCGGAAAGAAUACAAAGUGACAAUAGCCUGGGCUAAUGUCAUUAUCAAUGCGCACAAAUGCAAUUUCACCAAUGAGGAGACCACCUCCGGCCAUCUCGAGUACUGGCAGCUCAAUUAAAUCGCCAAACAUUGAGCAAUAGUAUUAGGCUGUGAUGAUGCUUCUGAUACUAGCAUGAUGGAUAUGGAGUUCUCCAAAGUGGUCCAUCUUGAAGGACUGAGGAGUUGAGACUUGAUUUGAUUUGAACAACCAUAAAGAUAAACCAUCCCUCUGUGCUGUGUCUAAUGCUCGCACAAAUUAGUCAAGGUCGUUUUUCUCAGUACUAGAAAGUGUGUUGCCUUCCGAAAAGAACCCUUCAAGACUAAUUAGAAUGUGACUAACAAACCACUAACGGUGCUGCUUUGAUGACUUCAUUUAAAUGCAGCGACAGGUUGGGGGAAUUCAGUGUGAGAGCAUCUUUGACACUCCAGACACUCCACUCUGUCACUCUCUGGUUCUGGUUGUGUUAGGGUUUCAGGGCAAAUGUUUUAACUGUCUUGCAUUAUAUAGAUACGAGAUGUAGAAAUAUACAUGCAGAUAUAAAAGUGGAUAUACACUGUUUGUAUAUUUAACAGUAUAUUGCGCAAUACGCUUGUACCUAUGAAGGGGGCCCUAAAGGGGAUUGGCGAGGUAUACGCAAAAAGUCCUUCAUUUCUGACUUCUAAGAGAAAAAGUCCUUUCCUCACAAAGCUCUAAGGGACUUUCGUGUUUAUCUGCAAGGAACAACAAGCUAGUGUCCCUUGUUGUUUCAAAGACUGCGUGAAGCAGCGACAGCUGGGAGAGCUUGGCUUGGGGACAGCUACGGGCAAGCAGGCGCCUCUGUAGCGUAGCGUAGCAUAGCAUGUCACAGGAUCUGCGGGGAUGCGGUGUAGUGUAGUGUAGCACUGCUGCCAGGGGCCAAACCUAACCAACGCUGAAUAACUAAACCCUCGUACCCAGUCAGCCGCACUGGUGUAAAGCACUUACACAAGUCAAAUUGGGUCAGGGGUGAAACAAGACGAGUGUAUGUGUGUGUGUGUGUGUGUGUGUUUCAAUUAUUCAUUUGUUUACAUAUUUGUUUGCUGUGCUUUCACCAGAAAAGGUGAGGACAGAGUCAAAAAGCAAAAAAUAUCCCCCAUAUAUCUCCUUGUAAGCUUGUGGAAACUUCAUUAUAGUCUUAUCUGCAAAAAUACACAGGUGCCCUGAUGUGGUCUUGAGGUGCCCUGAUGUGGUCAGUCUCGGUGGUGGUGACGUACAAACUGUAGACCUCAAUCAAAACAAAGCCGGGCGAUUCCCAUUCUCUCAGCUUACAUCUCAUAGGGUGGUUGGAGAAUGGGCUUUACUGUAUGGCUCUAAAAGAACUUGCAGUUCAAACUAGUCCAUAGACAGCACACACAUCAGUCAUAGUACCCUCUGUGUGAAGUCCAGUAAUCCUCAGAGAGGUGCUCUUCCUUUUGAAGUUCCAUUAUUUUCCAUUCAGGAAAAGUGUUUAGUGCUGCAGGAUAUACAGCAUCUGUGACUAGAGAGGGAAGGACUUGACAAAAGCACUUUAGGACAUGCAAGGCUGGCAUGGAGGCUGGUAUCUACUGUUGUGGAUGACAAAGCAGUCACAGGACAUUGAGUUUUUUUGCAUCCUUCAUUGCUGUGUAUGGCAGGUAUUGUUAUGUGGCUGAAGCAUUUAGACAGAGGAAACCUCCUACACACAGUCACCGCGGGUGAAAUGCUCCGAGAGGAACAUCGACUGCCACCCAUCUCGCUCCUCCGGUACCCAGCAGCACCUGCCUCUAAUUACACUGAAAGAAACGUAACGAUCGUAACGCUCCUCGCCUCAUCAGCACCACUUUACCAUUCCCGUCUGCCAAUCACCCCGCGUUGCCGUGUUGGCGGCGCCCUGAGCGGAUUCUCCAAAGCUCCAAGUAGACACGAGAAAUCAUGAGAAUUGAGCAGCACACUCCACUCGCAGAACGUAAACACUUGAGUCGUAAACCCAAGUCGUGACAAGUGAUAAGUAAGCCCAAUCACCUAGGUGCAGAUGAGGCUAUGUUAAUAGGAUGAUUACAACUCAAGGCACAUUGUGCAUUUUGAAAACUUUGGGUACUUGUCAUUAGCUCUAGGUCACACAUUACAACGAGCAAUAAUGUCUCCAGAUUUUUUUUUUUUACGCGUGUGACUUUAUGGCCACAGGGCAUCCAUUCAAUGAGUAGAUUCAGAAAUCUUCAAGCUUGAAUGCAUUGGUCAAAUGUUAUGAAGCGUACAUAUUCCCCACUAGUACCGAUUUCAGUAACUUCAGUAAUUUCAGUGACUUUUGCAGAGGGUAUUAACUGACAUAUUAUUCAUCCCUCAUUUUUACACUGACAUCAUGUGAUUGCCUGUAGGCAUUUUGAUAUAUUCUGUCUUGCUCUGUGUGGAUUAUGAGGACAUUCGAAUAAGAGUGUUAUUGUCUAAUUAGAAUAUCAUUGUCCUGGAACAUUUGAAACCAGCAUGGAUGAUAUCCACAUAAGCUGUGCUUGUACCAUCAUGGCCCUGUACUAAGUCUAACUCUGACUCUUUUGUCCCCCCAGUUUCUUGGACUUCCCCUGAUAUUGUUUGAUUGCAUGGUCGUUCUGUGUAUAUUAUGAUAUUAUGAGUACACUAACUUCUACCCAGAGCCAUAGAUAAACCUUGUCACCAGAAGUUCCAGGAAAAUCACGUUAGAGUAAGAAUGUUAUUGGUCUUCUGUCCUCCAGGUUCUUUGUGAACUUCCCAUCGGCCAAGCAGUACUUCAGCCAGUUUCAGGACAUGGAUGACCCAGAGGAGAUGGAGCGCAGUGUCCAGCUAAGGCACCACGCCCGCCGGGUGAUGGGCGCCAUCAACACGGUGGUGGAGAACCUCCACGACCCAGAGAAAGUGUCCUCUGUUCUGGCUCUGGUGGGCAAGGCUCAUGCUGUCAAACACAAGGUGGAGCCCAUGUACUUUAAGGUGAGGUGGUGGCUUGUCUGUGUUAGUGGUCCCUAAUGUCCCUCUGAAAGGUUUUGAGGGGAGAGGACUGAAGUUGCAUUGCUCUGUUUGAAGUUGAUGCCAACUGGAAAGGCUAUGAGGGUGCUCUCCUCCAUUUUUACUCCUCUCUCUUUCUUCAUCUACCAAUUGUUCUUUUUCUUUACAUCUUGCCCUCCUCUUCCUCUCACCUUUCUCCUCAUUGUUUAUCUCACUCCCUCCCUUUCUCCGUCUCUCAGAUCCUGUGUGGUGUAAUACUGGAGGUGUUGUCGGAGGACUUCCCAGAAUGCUUCACGGCAGAGGUGCAAAUGGUGUGGACCAAACUGAUGGGGGCGGUGUACUGGCAUGUGACGGGCGCCUACACAGAGGUCGGCUGGGUGCAGCUCUCCAGCUCAGCAGUGUGAGGGGCGAUAGCAGGGGAGUGCAGGGCUUUAAUGGUUUGUACGGAUCCUGAAGGGGAAGUUCGGUCUCUGUAACGCCCCUGUCCAAGAAAAAUGAAGGGAACAGGGAUGUUGAAAGGUGAUUUUUUUAGGGCUGAGACUGUUCAUAGAAUAUCUUGUUGUGUUCAACUUUUGGGGGAAUCUUUCCCCUCUCCCUACUGACUCAUUGUGUGUACUUUACUGUAUAGCCCCUGAGGUGUUGUCUGUAUAGCCCCUGAGGUGUUGUCUGUAUAGCCCCUGAGGUGUUGUCUGUAUAGCCCCUGAGGUGUUGUCUGUAUAGCCCCUGAGGUGUUGUCUGUAUUGCCCCUGAGGUGUUGUCUGUAUAGCCCCUGAGGUGUUGUCUGUAUAGCCCCUGAGGUGUUGUCUGUAUAGCCCCUGAGGUGUUGUCUGUAUUGCCCCUGAGGUGUUGUCUGUAUAGCCCCUGAGGUGUUGUCUGUAUAGCCCCUGAGGUGUUGUCUGUAUUGCCCCUGAGGUGUUGUCUGUAUAGCCCCUGAGGUGUUGUCUGUAUAGCCCCUGAGGUGUUGUCUGUAUUGCCCCUGAGGUGUUGUCUGUAUUGCCCUGAGGUGUUGUCUGUAUAGCCCCUGAGGUGUUGUCUGUAUAGCCCCUGAGGUGUUGUCUGUAUAGCCCCUGAGGUGUUGUCUGUAUAGCCCUGAGGUGUUGUCUGUAUAGCCCCUGAGGUGUUGUCUGUAUUGCCCUGAGGUGUUGUCUGUAUAGCCCCUGAGGUGUUGUCUGUAUAGCCCCUGAGGUGUUGUCUGUAUAGCCCCUGAGGUGUUGUCUGUAUAGCCCCUGAGGUGUUGUCUGUAUAGCCCCUGAGGUGUUGUCUGUAUUGCCCCUGAGGUGUUGUCUGUAUAGCCCCUGAGGUGUUGUCUGUAUAGCCCCUGAGGUGUUGUCUGUAUAGCCCCUGAGGUGUUGUCUGUAUAGCCCCUGAGGUGUUGUCUGUAUAGCCCCUGAGGUGUUGUCUGUAUGCCCCUGAGGUGUUGUCUGUAUUGCCCUGAGGUGUUGUCUGUAUAGCCCCUGAGGUGUUGUCUGUAUAGCCCCUGAGGUGUUGUCUGUAUAGCCCCUGAGGUGUUGUCUGUAUAGCCCCUGAGGUUUGUCGUAUAGCCCCUGAGGUGUUGUCUGUAUAGCCCCUGAGGUGUUGUCUGUAUGCCCCUGAGGUGUUGUCUGUAUGCCCUGAGGUGUUGUCUGUAUUGCCCUGAGGUGUUGUCUGUAUAGCCCCUGAGGUGUUGUCUGUAUAGCCCUGAGGUGUUGUCUGUAUUGCCCCUGAGGUGUUGUCUGUAUUGCCCCUGAGGUGUUGUCUGUAUGCCCCUGAGGUGUUGUCUGUAUAGCCCCUGAGGUGUUGUCUGUAUAGCCCCUGAGGUGUUGUCUGUAUAGCCCCUGAGGUGUUGUCUGUAUAGCCCCUGAGGUGUUGUCUGUAUAGCCCCUGAGGUGUUGUCUGUAUAGCCCCUGAGGUGUUGUCUGUAUAGCCCCUGAGGUGUUGUCUGUAUAGCCCCUGAGGUGUUGUCUGUAUAGCCCUGAGGUGUUGUCUGUAUAGCCCCUGAGGUGUUGUCUGUAUUGCCCCUGAGGUGUUGUCUGUAUAGCCCCUGAGGUGUUGUCUGUAUUGCCCUGAGGUGUUGUCUGUAUAGCCCCUGAGGUGUUGUCUGUAUUGCCCUGAGGUGUUGUCUGUAUAGCCCCUGAGGUGUUGUCUGUAUGCCCUGAGGUGUUGUCUGUAUAGCCCCUGAGGUGUUGUCUGUAUUGCCCCUGAGGUGUUGUCUGUAUUGCCCCUGAGGUGUUGUCUGUAUAGCCCCUGAGGUGUUGUCUGUAUAGCCACUGAGGUGUUGUCUGUAUUGCCCCUGAUGUGUUGUCCGUAUAGCCCCUGAGGUGUUGUCUGUAUAGCCCCUGAGGUGUUGUCUGUAUAGUGUACAGUUAGUGAGCGUGUGUAUUCUCUUAUGCCCUCAUUCAACACUCAUUGUAGUAUUGUAAAUCUUCAAUGUUUUCAAGGGGACUAAGGGCUCCAUUUUAGGGAGUUUUGUUGCUCACUGAAAGUAUGCCACUUUGGAUUCCCAAAUACACCCUGUCUCUUUCCAUGCCCAUCUCAUGCACUAUACAAACACACCCAUCUGCUAACACCCUGUCCAUACGGCAAUUGGCUAUUUUAAUUUACAAACAGUUUCAAAGUGAUGGGAUAGAGCCACAGGCUGACAGACCACUGUUAGGGUACCAUCUCCUCUUUAUAAGCAUGCACGCACAAACACACACACACAAACACACAC